AUGCGAGUCUUAGAUCUGUCCAAGCUUGACAUCUCGCCUGAUGACACUUGCGACAUCCGCAUCACAGUCGAGACCGACUCCGAGUGCGACAAGUAUCCAGCAAAACAACAUGCCCGCAAGGUUGCUGCAAAACUAGGGGUCCGCGACGGACUUAUCUAUCUCGUCGGCAAGGCUACCAUUAACUGGGGAGACUCGGACCAACCGCGUCCUUUCCGGCAGAGGCGUUACUUUUAUUACCUGAGUGGUGUCGAAGAGGCGGAUUGCUACCUGACGUACGACAUUCGCAACGAUCUUUUGACACUCUACGUUCCAAAUUUCAGCCUGCAGCACGCGAUAUGGAUGGGCCCUACACUAACUGUGGACGAGGCACGGCUACGAUACGACGCAGACCGCUUCCGCUACUUCGCAGCUUUACGCGGUGAUCUGAAUGCGUGGGUGGACCAAUACAACAAAGACAGUCCGAUCUACAUCCUCCAUAGCACCCAGAAGCCCGAAAUCUCGUCAGAGGGGCUUCUACUGGACGACACGUCACUGAUACCCGCAAUGAAUGCAGCAAGAGAGGUGAAGGACGAAUAUGAGAUCCGAAUGAUUCGCAAAGCUAACGAGGUCUCUGCCCUUGCGCACCGAAACAUACUCGAGAAUAUCCACCGCAUGUCAAACGAGGGUGAAAUCGAAGGGCUGUUCCUGGACACUUGUGUCUCCCAUGGUUCCAAGAACCAGUCUUAUGAAAUAAUCGCUGGGUCCGGACCUAACGCAGCAGUGCUUCACUAUGUGAAAAACGACGAGGACUUCAACGAGAGACAGCUUGUCUGUCUUGAUGCCGGCGCAGAAUGGAACUGCUACGCGAGUGAUGUCACUCGCACAAUUCCCCUCGGAAAAGACUGGCCCAGUGCGCACGCGAAAGACAUCUACGCCAUUGUAGAAGAGAUGCAGGAGGAAUGCAUCAAACGCGUUAGGCCUGGGUUGCGAUUCCGGGACUUGCAAGAGCUGGCGCAUGUCAUCGCCAUCAAAGGGCUGCAAAGACUCGGAGUCCUCAAAAUUGGAACUGUAGAAGAAAUCCGUCAAUCAGGAGCAUCUUCCAUUUUCUUUCCCCAUGGUCUCGGCCACCAUGUAGGAUUGGAGGUCCAUGAUGUAUCGGCACAGCCAAUCACCGCUAAUGGACACUGGCCCAGGGAGUUUGUACCUGAAAUGAGUACUCCACUUCUUCAGGAGGGUAUGGUGAUUACCAUCGAACCAGGGAUUUAUUUCAACAGACUUGCCCUGGAGAAUGCUCGAAGACUGCCGUUGGCGAAGUACAUUGACCUCGACAAGGCCGAGCAGUAUAUCCCCCUUGGCGGGGUGCGCAUUGAGGAUGAUCUUCUGGUCACCAGCACGGGGUACGAAAACUUGACAACCGCGCCGAAAGGCAAGGAGAUGUUAGAGAUUAUCCGUGGCCACAGGGAGUAA